GUGAGAGAGUGUUCAAUGUGCGUGUGUUUAAUGCAGCAUUGUAAGAAAAUAUAUGAUUGUCUGAGUAAUUGUUAUAGUUCUCAAGCUGAGUAAAUGUUAAAUUGUGCCUUAAGGAAUUUAUGGAGCACAAGUCCCUCCACGUCUGCUUUCCGUCAGCACAUUCAGUUCUCAGGAGCAGACACGUGAUGAGGGCAUACGCGCGGCUGUUUCUCUGCUGGCUGUGCGCGUGUCUGUGUGCAUGGAGGGGCGUUGCGUGUGUGUCUCAACCCUUUCGUGUGUACUGGAACGUGCCGUCGUAUUUCUGUGGCAAGUUUGAUGUGCAUAUCAAUGUAUCUCAGUUUGGGAUCGUGCAGAACGCCGGGGACGUCUUCCGUGGAGAAAAGGUAACCAUCCUGUACAACCCCGGAACCUUCCCCUACCUGGAUGAGGAGGGACGAGCGGUGUGGGGUGGCAUUCCUCAGAACGGCAGCCUCCCCACCCACGUACAGCAUUUCAUUAACACCCUAAACUCCGUCGUCCCUCUAGACUUCAAGGGCGCCGCAGUUCUGGACUUCGAAAAGUAUUACCCAAGCUACACUGCAAGCGCAUACCAGUACCGCGAGGCCUCAAGAGCAUGGGUGAAAGAGAGACACCCAGACUGGAGCCCCGAGAAGGUGGAGACACACGCCCUGGAGUCCUUCAACGCCUCCGCCAGGGACUUCUUUCAGUCUCUCCUGUGGGUGGCCCGUGAGCUGCGCCCCGGCGGUCUCUGGGGCUACUACCACUACCCUUACUGCAACGACUACCAACCCCUCGCCACCACGUGUAUGCCGCUGAUAAAGAAGAUGAACAAGGAGCUCUCGUGGAUGUUCAGAAGCAGUGCAGCGCUGUAUCCCAGCAUGUAUGUGAGGUAUUGGUCCGGUUUCUCCCCAAGGGCUCGCCACCAGCACGCCCGUCUCAACCUGUUGGAGGGGCUGGAGGCUCGGCGGCGUGACAACCCUACGGCGCCCGUGCUGCCCUACUUUUGGUACAGGUACCACGACACUCCCAGGCUCCUUUCCCCCCGUGGACAUCGUGAACACCCUGGGACUGACACGAGUGUUGGGCGGCCAGGGGGCAGUGGUGUGGGGAGGCAUUGCUGAUUUGGCCACGAAGCAGCAGUGUCUGGAUUUUAAGGCAUACGCUGAGGGUAAGCUUGGCCCCCUGGUGCGGUACUUGGCUCACCUACCCCGCGCUAAGCUAAGGCGCCUGCUGGCCUCCCGUGCCCGCCUCAAGAGGGGGGUGCGGACAGCCCUGCGUGAGGUGAAGACAAGGGCGGUAGAUGGCGCUGGUAGAUGUAGUAACAGGGUGCUGGGGGAGUGUACUUAAGGGAAGUGUGUCUGUGUGUGUGUGUGUGUAUUGACGUAUAGAUUGAUGGAGAGAGAAGGGGAAGUAUAAAGGCUGUAAUUGUGAUUGACUGUCUACCAUAUUACUAUUACUACUAUUUUUACCGCUAUUAUUAUUACUACUACUACUACUACUGGUUCCGUCGCCCCCAGCCAGCUAAUAAUAAUGACAGUUCCUCGCCAAAGACAAGAGUAUUAUAAAUAUUUAUGUACACAUACUGAACAAAAUCAUAUUAAUGGCAACAAUAAUUACAACUACCUGUGGAA